AUGGCCGACGCACAGAGUGCAUCAGACAUGCAGGCUACUGCCCUUGGCGGUGUAAAGAAGGGUCCCGAUUCACAGAGCGUGACGAAGAGAUUGCAAACCGAACUGAUGAUGCUCAUGACUUCGCCAGCUCCUGGUGUUUCCGCGUUUCCAUCGGCCGACGGCAACCUUAUGUCGUGGCGGGCGACCAUUGAGGGCCCCGACGAUACCCCGUACGCGGGCCUCACGUUCAAACUUUCCUUUGCCUUCCCUGCCAACUAUCCCUACGCACCGCCGACAGUGCUUUUCAAGACGCCCAUAUACCACCCCAAUGUUGAUUUCUCCGGACGAAUUUGCCUCGACAUCCUGAAGGACAAGUGGACGCCUGCCUACAACACCCAGACUGUACUGCUAAGUCUGCAGAGCCUGCUCGGCGAGCCGAACAACGCCUCUCCCCUCAAUGGCGAAGCUGCCGAGCUGUGGGACACCGAUGCCGAGGAGUUCAAGCGCAAGGUGUUGGGCCGUCACCGUGAUGUCGACGACGAGUAG